AAUAUUGAAUAUAAAAAAAAAAAAAAAGAAGAGAAAAAGUUAUAAAACCAAAAAAAAAAAGAACAGAGGUGAAAGUGUUGGUCCGGCUCGUGAUCUUUCAAUUACAAUUCCCUUUGCUCCUCCACCGUAAUCAUGACAACCUCAAAGAGACUCGCAGACAGGAAGAUUGAGAAAUUCGACAAGAACAUAUUAAAAAGAGGGUUUGUUCCUGAGACCACCACCAAGAAGGGCAAGGACUACCCUGUUGGCCCCAUCCUUCUCGGCUUCUUUGUCUUCGUUGUCAUUGGUUCUUCUCUCUUCCAGAUCAUCAGGACUGCAACGAGCGGAGGCAUGGCUUAAACCAAAUUAGCAGUUCAGCUGGAAAAAGGAACUUUCAAAAAUGUAGAAUCUUCUUCCCUCUGUGUCCUCUCUUUUUCUCUCCUUAUACUGUAGAAUGUGCCAACUUUCUCUUUUACUAUAUACAUAUAUCAUGUAAUGAAGAAUAUUUUCCAUUUAAGUUAAACGUUUUAAGUAUUUUCCUUUAA